AUGUCCCCAAUGUCCCCAACGUCCCUUUGGUGUCCCCAGGAGUGGAACGCCGAGAACGCCAUCGAGGCCAUUGUGUCCCUCACAGUGUCCCUGUGGUGUCUCCAUGAUGUCUGUGAUGUCUCCAAGGAGCGGAACGCCGAGAACGCCAUCGAGGCGCUGAAGGAGCGUCCAUUGUGUCCAUCACAAUGUCCCUGUGGUGUCUCUGUGGAGCGGAACGCCGAGAACGCCAUCGAGGCCAUUGUGUCCAUCACAAUGUCCCUGUGGUGUCUCUGUGGUGUCCCCAUGGAGCGGAACGCCGAGAACGCCAUCGAGGCGCUGAAGGAGUACGAGCCCGAGAUGGGCAAAGUCUAUCGCAGCGACCGCAAGGCCGUGCAGAGGAUCAAGGCCCGCGACCUCGUCCCGGGGGACAUCGCCGAGGUGGCAGUUGGGGACAAGGUCCCGGCCGACAUCCGCAUCAUCUCCAUCAAAUCCACCACGCUGCGCGUCGACCAGUCCAUCCUUACUGGCGAGUCGGUGUCGGUGAUCAAGCACACGGACCCGGUGCCCGACCCCCGCGCCGUCAACCAGGACAAGAAGAACAUGCUCUUCUCGGUGGGUGACGUCAUCGCUGACGUCAUCACUGACGUCAUCAGGGACCCCCGGUGACGUCACCGAAGCCCC